AUGCCUUUGAAUAUUAGAGCCAAGCCCUCACAGAGCAGGCUGUCCACUGGCCCAAAGAGUGCUGGGCCGACCGAGGCCAGCACAUCUCAUUCACGCUUCUCGAGAUCCCCCAAACAGGGGAAAGGCAAACAGGCUACGAGCUCAACACCAGGCUGCCGCUCAGGGCUAGAGGCUGGAUCUGUGUCAGGAGGUGCGCCUGUACCAGCACCAGCACCUAAACCUGCAGGAGGUCAACGGUUGGCGGCGAGGCCUGGUUCAAAGAGCAAACCUGCCAUAGUACCAGACAAAGGAGCAGCUCCUGGUUCAGCCACAGCACCAGGUGGUAAAACCCUGUCUAUGGAGAAUAUCCAGUCCUUGAGUGCUGCCUAUGCCACCUCAGGCACCAUGUAUCCCGGUGAGCGGGAUUCCUUGGAACCCCCCGGUGGGUAUCCCAAAGGCACCAUGACGCUCGGCAGGAGCACCAGCCGCUCCUCUUACACUGCUCGGAUGUCAGGCAUGGGCAGCAGCCCAAACAUCACCUCCUCUGGACAGCAUCAGCCGUCGGACCAGUACGGAGACCAAACCUUGCUUCCCACAGGGACGGCAAGUCUGCGGCGCCAGUCGGGGAGACAUCUGGAUUCUGCUGGACGGGGAGAGGCUUCCUCAUUUGAUCUCCAGAAUCAGCUGAGGGAGCUGCAGAGGGAGAAUGACAACCUGAGGCGAGAGAUGGAUGGAGGGAGGAAUGGAAAGACAGGGCCCGGCGUGAACAGCGUCAACUUCUGGAGCCCUGACGUGCAGAGAGACAAGGGGGUGAGGCGGGACGAGGGGUUGAGGACGGCAGUGCCGAAGGACCAAUACAGGACGAACCAAGAGGAUCUGCAGCAUGGGGAUAUCAGAAGAAACAAGCAGCUUCCGUUGACAGUCCAGGAGCUUCAGGAGGAGCUGAGGGCUCACAGAGAGAUGAACAGUCGAUCGCAGCAACAACGACCGCAGGGAAACUCCGGCUCCUAUCUGGAACUCCACACGGACCAGGACCACAGAGGGGGGCUCAGUCCUGGGCACAGCCCUAGACAAAGCCCUAGCAACUUGCACAGUCCUGCACCGAAGAACAGCCCCAGAGCCAGCCCGUCCAACACUUACAAUCCAAGGCAACAGGAGGCAGAUAUCAUCAUUCACAGCCCUGGGUAUGGCUGCAACACAACAGCAGCCUCGCAGAGAAUCAGCCCGGCCAACACCCUUCAACCUAGGCCAAGGAGCAGCCACAAUCAGCCUCUCUACGGUCCCAGCCAAGGACCGGUGGGAGCGCCCAGCUCUAGUUCCCUUCGGCCCAGCAGCCCCUGCCAGGUGCCUGGGUGUGACGGCUUCUCCUCGCCCCCUCCUGCGGAUCCCUCAGAGGACAAUUUCCUCCGGCUGCAGUCGGAGCACGAGCGGCAGGCCAAGGAGCUGUACCUGUUGAGGAAGACCAUGGAAGAGAUGGAGAUGAGAAUUGACUCUCAGAAGCAGACGCUGGGCGCCAGGGACGAGAGCAUCCAGAGGCUGCUGGAGAUGCUUCAGGGUCAAGGUCAACAUUGGAGUCGGGGGCAGCGAACAGGCAUCAUAACCAUGGCAGCGCAGGAGGCCGAGGCACAGCUGGAGAACAUGCAUGUGAGAGAGAACACCAACCACCCUUUCUGUUUUGAUCCUGACGUUAUCUGGCAGGACACCAAAAUCUCAUCCCUGGAGAGGAACAUCAGAGACUUAGAAGAUGAGGUCCAGAUGAUGAAGACCAGUGGCCUGCUGCACCCUGACGACAGGCAGGAUGAGGUCAAGCACGUGGAGGUCUACAAGAGCCAUUCGAAAUUCAUGAAGACCAAGAUAGAGCAGCAGAAGCAGGAGCUGAACAGGAAGGAGACAGAGAUGCAGACCCUGCAGACCAAAUUAGAGACACUGACCAAUCAGAACUCGGACUGCAAGCAACACAUCGAGGUGCUCAAGGAAUCGCUCAGCGCAAAGGAGCAACGUGCCAGCACUCUGCAGACAGAGGUAGAUGCUCUGCGGGUGCGUCUGGAGGAGAAGGAGCAGUUGCUGACGAAGAAGACCAAGCAGCUGCAAGACUUGACCGAGGAAAAGAGCACACUGACCGGAGAGAUCAGAGACAUGAAGGACAUGCUGGACGUCAAGGAGAGGAAGGUCAAUGUCCUGCAGAAGAAGAUUGAGAACCUGCUGGAGCAGUUAAAGGAUAAAGACAAACAGCUGGCUGGGUUGAGGGAAAGGGUCCAGGGCCUGCAAACCGACUCCAGUAACACAGACACAGCCCUGACCACACUGGAGGAGGCUUUAUCAGAAAAGAGCCUCCGGGAGCAGAGAGAGCGGGAGGACAGGGUCCGGCUGGAGGAUUUGGAGAAGAUGAGGAGGGAGAACCAGGAGUUAAAGGACAAACUCGCGGCCCUGCAGCCUCCAAAACUGUUGCAGAGCCAGACCACAAACCCCAGCCUGACCCAGAACCAGAGACCUGAUGGCGAGGUGCCAGCCAGAGUAGACGGCCUCCCAGCUGUAAGCCCCACGAAGAUCCAAAUCACAGAAGAGGUUGUCAGGAAGUGUCCGGACAUCACAGAUCGUCUGAGGCUGCUGGAGCAGGAAGUGGCCCGUUACAGAGAGGAGUCUGGGAAGUCCCAAUCCGAGGUGGAGAGGCUAAUGGCUGCCCUGAGUGAUGCUGAGACGGACAAAUCAAGCAAAGAGAGGAAAAUCUCAGAUCUUGAGAGGCAAAUCAAGUCUCCUAACAUCCAGAAGCAGAUGGUUCCCGGUGAGACGAGGAAAGAUGCCAUGACUGAUGGACAUCCGCACUCUUUAUCCCAGUUUCCUCUUUUGGCUUCCCAGGAUGCCAUGCGGGAGACAGCGGAGCGGAUCAGGGAGCUGGAGGUGGCACUGAGGGAGAGCAUGAACACAUCUGCACAUAGGGAGGCUCUCUGGGCGCAGGAGGAGGCGGCUCGGGUUCAGGCCCAGAGAGAGCUGGAGGAGCUGAUGGGCGCUCUGGAGAAGACGCGACAAGAGCUGGACGCCACCAAAAUGCGUCUGUCCUCUACGCAGCAGUCCCUGCACGAGAGAGAUGGACACGUCAGCAGUCUGCACCAGGAGAGACGCAAACAGCUGGAGGAAAUUCUGGAGAUGAAGCAGCAGGCUUUGCUGGCAGCCAUCAGUGAGAAGGAUGCUAACAUCGCCCUGCUGGAACUGUCCUCCUCCAAACGGAAGAAAGCCCAGGACGAGGUGAUGGCUCUGAAGCGGGAGAAAGACAGGCUCAUGCACCAGCUCAAGCAGCAGACUCAGAGCAGAAUGAAGCUGAUAGCAGAUAACUAUGGGGAAGAUCACGUCCACCAACAACACCAUCCUCACCAUGCUCACCACAUGCAUCCGGCAAACGUCCAUCACAGGAGCCUGCCAAGAGGGCCCCCCCAUGCCAACCACCGACCUCCUAUGGACCAGGAUGAUGAAGAAGGAAUAUGGGCAUGAUUACCGCUUCCAUGGGAACCCUGCAUCCAAGUGUUAAUACUGCUUGUGGAGCCGCGCAACCAAGAGGUUCAAGAGCUUCAACUGCAAGAGAACACAAAGUCGAGCGGCUCAUACCUCCCCGGCAUCACGACCACCAGACAAACACACGCGCUCUCCAGGAAACACCAUUUCAAUUUCAUUGUGGCCACGCCGCAGUGGUCGGUCGAGAUUUUUCCAUCUCACCGAUGAAUGUUACCUUCACUAACGUGCACAGUGGCCCGCUGAGGACCGCGUCCCGCUGUGGGUGAAUGUUCCCCCACCAGAGCAUCAGUCAUCAUUCUGCAGCUUAAAGGUAUUGGCAAGCGGUCCACUGCCUUGAUUUUCCUAGCUGUUUCCAAUAGACUAGGAACUGGAUUCAUUUUGCAGAACCACGGUCCUACAGAGUUCUGGCUUCACAUCAACCGACAAUAACCACUUUGGACUACUAGUGUGGCUACUCUGAGCCCGUGGAACUAGCCGUAAACACGUGUAGAUUCUGGACCGGUUCAUGAUGGCAUGAAUGUGUUUAUACUUCUGCAGCUAUUUUUUUUUCAUUUAUUUACGUAACCUUUAUUUAACCAGGAAGUCCUUUAAGAUUAAAAUCUCCCCUUCCAGGGAGACCUCAAAACUCAAACGUUUGUAAAUAUCACAACACGGACUUCAAAAUCCACAAUCCACAGAGACCUUCUCGAUGUGCCGUGCCAAAGGAGACGUCCCCGUCUGCUGAAACAAAUUACCGAAGGGACUGGGUCUGAAUCAUUGGGGCUACCCAGUAAACCGCCGUGGUCUGACUGUCUUCCACUUCCUGUGGAGAGAUCAACAAGAAAAAGGGCAAACCCUGGGCUUGAGGAUGCCCCACGAUAUAAGGGAACAGUUUGAGGAUCAGUUUACACCUUCUCUAAAAAUCAGGACCUUAAUGAACAGGGGAGGAAACACAGCUGACCUCAAAUCAGCCAGAUUACUGUAAGAACAGCGUGUUUAUACAUUUCUCCUUGUGUUCUCCCAGCCUGCUGUACGUUUGUUUAAUGAACCGAUAUCAUGUUCUGUUUGCUUUUCUACAUCCGAAACAGUUUGGAGUGCCACUCUUCUUCUUCUUCUUCGUCUUCUUUUUGGAAGUUGUAACAGCUGUGUGUGACUUAUCGCGCCGAUGAGUGAUGUGUUCUUUUAUUGUCUAUUUAUUGAUCCUGAGCGGCUAAUCUGUUAAUUAUGAAGUGACUUGCACAUCAAAGCACUGUGUCAUUACUUUUUUUUCACUGCACCGGAGGAGGUGACGAUAAAGAGAGUAUUGUUGUGUUGGAUUGAACUGUUUAACAUUUUCUUUUUUCCAUCUGGCCCUUACCUAGUAUGUACAGAUUUUGUACAGUGUGUUGAGUGUGCGUGUGUGGGAUGUGUGUGUGUGUGUGCGUGUGCGUGUGCGUGUGUGGUUUCUGUGCCGCUCAUAUCAUUGUGGCUGUGAAAGGUUGGGGGUCAACAUCAUUCACCCUCGACUUGUCCCACAGUGUUUUGCAGUGGUCCGCUUGUCUCUGUUGUUUGAAUAAA